AUGGCAAAGAAACUUUUCUUGAUUGUUACUUGUUAUCUCGCUUCAGCUAUUUCCAUCUUUAUGAGCGGCUCAAAUAUCAUAUCAGCAACACCAAUCUGUGCUACCUGUGAUUGUAAUACCUGUGAUGGUGGUAAUAGCCUGCCAGUCAAUUACGGUGGAAGCCAUAACGGCAAUGAGAACGGAAACGGUAACAAUGGUGAUUUCAACGGCAAUUCUAACGGAAACGACAACAGAGGUAGUCACAACGGCAAUUUGAAUGGCAACUAUAACCAUGGUAGCAUGAACGGCAAUAGCAACGGAAACAGCAAUGAUCGCGUUAUUUAUCACUCUACACCACAAAGAGUUGAACCAAAUCCCAAUCCCAAUCCCAAUGACCCAUAUGGCACUGAUUUUGGUUCUGGUUCAAUAUCAGACAUUAGUUCUGGUUCUGAUUCAACGUCAAGCAUUGGUUCUGGUUCAACAUCAGACAUUAGUUCUGAUUCUGAUUCAACGUCAAGCAUUGGUUCUGGUUCAACAUCAGGCAUUGGUUCUGGUUCAACAUCAGACAUUAGUUCUGAUUCUGAUUCAACGUCAAGCAUUGGUUCUGGUCCAACAUCAGGCAUUGGUUCUGGUUCAACGUCAGGCAAUAUCAUUUCUGGUUCGACGUCAAGUAGCCAUUAUACUUCUAAAACCUCUGCUAGUUCUGAUGAAACUCGUGUGUCAGUUGAUAGUCAGGGUUUCGACCCAUUGCCGAGAUAA